AUGUCCAUAGUUACGUUACAACUAGGCCAAUUUGGCAACCAGCUUGGCUAUGAGUUCUUUAAUACUGUUCUUGACGAUAUUUAUUGUUUUCACGGAAAGAAUACUCUCAGAAAGAAACUUGCCGCGACUAAUAAGUAUAAUUACGAAGAUGCCGCUUUCGAGAGCUUUUUCUAUGCUACAUCUGACUUACCAUUAGCUCGUGCUGUUAUGAUUGAUACAGAAGCGAAAGUAGUCGAUGAUGUUUUUACCAAGGCGAAAAUGAGUAAAUUGUGGUCGUAUGAUCCAAAAUGUUGUAUACGCAAAAAACGAGGCUCUGGAAACAAUUGGGCUCUUGGAUAUUGCAUGGAUGGCGAUCAAGUUUUACUAGAAGAAAUUAUGGACAGCGUGCAAAGGCAAGUUGAGUACUGCGAUCGAUUUAGUGGAUUUUUGCUAUUAAUGAGUUUAGCUGGUGGAACUGGAUCUGGUCUAGGUACGCGAUGUACCGAAGAGUUACGAGAUCGUUAUCCUAAUAGUCAGAUUAUCAAUGAAGUUGUUUGGCCUUACAGUAAUGGAGAAGUUAUUGUUCAAGAUUACAAUACAAUUUUAACUCUUUCUCAUUUAUAUAAGGCAUCAACUGGACUCAUUAUUCUAGAAAAUGAUAAAUUACAUGAAAUAUGUACAAGACUGCUCAAAAUAAAAAAUGUGGGCUUUCAUCACAUUAAUAGAGUCAUUGCUCAUAAAUUAGCUGGAGUUUUGUUACCUUCUACUUGCUUGCAAAAUCAACACUCAAAACGAAAUGACUAUGCAGGGAUAAAUAUCUUCGGUGAGAUCGGGGAGCAUCUAUGUAGUCAUACCGAUUACAAGUUGUUGAAUAUUAUAGAUAUCCCUCAGAUUCCUGAUCACUCUUUCGAUUACACCAAUUAUAAUUGGCACGGACUGUUAAAACAUCUCCAUCAAAUGCUAAUUGCAAAUGCAUUUAUGGAGGAAAGUAAGUAUACUCAUAUUGAGCUGGCGAAGUUAUCAUCUGGAUUGCCUGUUCAUAGCGACGUUAUGGUUAAUAAAUCAAUCGCAAAUAUGUUGGUAAUUCGAGGGACUGAAAUCGAUAAAGCUGAUAUAGGCGCGUUUCGAGAUUCUCGCCUCUAUGUAAAUUGGAUGCCAAAUUCUUCUGGAUUAGCUACUAGAGUAAAUAGUCGUCCUUAUAAUAAGUACGAAAAAUCUGCUUUUCUGCUGAGCAAUAGCCAAUUUUGUAUACCAACUAUAAAUAAUGUAACGGAAAAAGCAUGGAAUAUGUUUGCAAACCGUGCUUACAUUCAUCAGUACAUUAGCAACGGUAUAUCGGAAGAUGAUUUCAUUGACAGUUUUGCUACUGCGGAACAAAUUAUUACUAAUUAUAAUAAGCUAUAA